GACAUACGUCCACACACAGGAAGUUGCUCAUUUUUGGAAUUACAAUGAUAUUUAUUUAGACAUAUUUGAUUUUGUGCUAUUGUCAUAUUGAUGUGAACAUGCUCAAUUAGGAAUUACAAUAAUGAGUGGAAAUCGUGUGUGGAUGUAUAAACGUUUCCUUCCUAAUGGUGCUUUCAAUCCAGAAUUUAUAGAAGGGCUUGAAAGUUUUAUCAACUUUGCAAGUAGUGUGCCAACAUAUAUGGAUAUAGACAAAAUUAGGUGUCCAUGUUAAAAAUGUGAUAACAAGAGCUACAGAGAUACAAACGAAGUUCAUUAUCACAUCUCUAGGUUUGGUUUUGUAAAAAACUAUCACAUAUGGAGGUUUCAAGGCGAAAGAUCAGUGGAAUCAACCGAUAACACUAAUAUGGAUUUUGAAGCGGGAGCAAGUACUACAUGCCACGAACUGGUAUUAGACAUUGCCGGUCCCCAGUUUAACGAGGAAACAGAAGAGCCACCGAACCCUAAUGCUGAAAAACUUUACGAUAUGUUGAAUGCCGCCGAUAAUGAAUUGUGGCCUGGUUGUAAGAGUCAUUCACAAUUGUCGUUUGUGGUCCGGCUAGUGAGUCUAGCACUGGCUAGAGAGGUGCUAUAAUCGACUAACUGAAUUGAUAAAAGAGGGGUUACCCGAUGAUGAUUCUUUACCAAAUAAUUAUUAUAGCACCAAAAAAUUGUUGUGUGGCAUCGGAUUGGUUUCUAUAAACCACAGGUGCAGGUUAUCCAAGUUUGAACCAUUUGAUUUAGCGAGUCAAGCUAAUCAAGUGUAUUAUUGUUCGUAUCCUAGCAUAAACCAAUCAAGGAAGGAUUGGUGGGAAGUGUGCAAGGUCAAAGCAAGAUCUAAGGUGGAAGUUCCAAAUCAUGUAACAUCUACAACAAUAAUAGGGCAACCACCAUUUCAAGAGGAUGAAUUGCACGUGACAGUGAUGGAUUUUGACCCAACAAUAUGUGAUAACAUCGCAAUGCUUCAUCAAAUGGUGGAAUGAUAGACAUUGAUGAUGGUGACGGAUACCCUUCUUAUGAAAAUAUAAUAAUUUCUGAUGAUGAAGAUGAUGAUGAUGAUGAUGUAUGAUAUGGAACGUCGUGUGCGUGCCAUUAGUAUCGGUGGCAGGCAUACUACCAGCUUAUCUCGCACGGGAUCACUUCAAACGCAGACAUCGCAUGGCACAUCUUCUGUUGAUAGGGAAGAGGGUGUCGUAGAAGGACCUCCUGUCAUGCUUGAUGGUCGUAUGCCACUUAAGAUGAAUCCUCACACAUGGAAAAUAUGUGCGCAUCACCGGAUCUCAAGGGUAAUUCCACCAGCUUCCAAAUGUCACAGGUUUUACUUGGAAAAUGACAUCUCAGCACCAAAAAGAUGAGUAUUAUCGUGAAUUUGAAAGCAUUUUCAUGGCCUUCUGAUUGGGAGCAUGAGGUGGCACGAAAAAGCUGCAAGAAGAUACUCGGGUUUUAUCAGUUCCUUGAAGGUGAUGUACAAAGCCGGUAAAUCCCGGCCAAUUUACGUACCUCUAGAGUUGUGGAAUGGACUGAUAAACCAUUGGAAAGAUCCAAAUGUCAUCAAGAGGUCUGAAGCUGCAAAGAGGGCAAGAAUGUCCGACGGUGUCUGUUGAGGAGAGAUCUAUGUGGAAGGCUGCCGAGAGGGGAGUAUCAAUCAUGGAUUGUGUGUAUGAAUCGUUCAGUGACAUACACAGGUUCAAGGAUGGCCGGUAUACAUACAAGAGAGCUGCAAACGUUGACGCAAAAGUGCAAGAGAUUGCUGCAAUGCAGGGUGAGAACGCAAAUCUGAACCAGAUCUUUAUCAAUGACGUUUUUGGAGGUAAGCUCGAUAGAAAGAAAAGGAUGUUCGGAACUGGGAAUCUGGCAAAAAGCCUUGUGGGUGGACGAACUCCGGGAUUGAAUGCUCAUGCCCCGACCGGCAUACAUCUUUCUGUGCGCCAAGAAUUGCGGGAAGAAUUAUGGGAAGAAAUGCGCCAGGAGCUCAAUGUUGACGGUGAGCAAAGAACAAAGUUGGAAAAUGAUGUUGCGAUGAUGCAAGAGAUGAUGAGGCUGUUCAUGACGACAGCCCGCAAGUCCAGCCAUGCUUCUGACAGUUCUGUAGAGAUAUGACCCAAGUAUCACAAACUUGAUACAUGUCUUUUGUUGCUUGUUUUGUAGGGAUAUGACAUCAUACAUUUCAUACUUUUGUUGCUUGUUUUAACUACUAACAUUAAUUUUAGGUUUUUAUUAAUAUACAGGUGAAAUAUUA